GGCGGCACGAACGUCGGCAGGGGGAAGUGGGAGGUGUGCACCUGGUUGGCAGUGGCGACCCCGUUAGGGAUUGCGGCAGGGUACGUCCCCUUACUCUUCACGAACUGUGUCCUGUCCCUCCGGUCGAGGUUGCGGAAAUACGGGGUGAUAAGGCAGAUGGUGAUCUCCGCCUUGACAACCACCCUGCUCGGAACCUUCUGCUACGAGGUCAGCCGGGCACUUUUGGUGGAGAAAGAGUUGUGUCCGAAGCAAAACCUCUGUGUGGACGCCGCGAGCAGUGGUGCCACAGCGUCGGCUUCGAGGGCGCUACUAGCUGAAGAUGAGCAAAUAAGUACAGUAGGUACAACUUCAUCCACGACGGCCGGGGAACUAGGUGCGGGUUUCUCAUCAGCAUCUUCCUCAAGAUCAUCGCUAAGCACAAUAAUAGUACCCGGAAAUACAGAUACAACUCCCGCGUCUGGCGGCCUGUCCGCAUUCUUUUCGUCCACAAUAGGAACGAUGAGUUCCUCAUUUUCGUCCUCAACAUUUGAGAGGAGGACGCAGCAGAGCAUAAUAGAAGACACCGCGAGGCAGAGAAUCGGUGGGAUAGCAGCAGCAGGUGGCGAUGAUGCAAAAAUAUCAGCUUCGACGAAUGUAUUUCCUCCAGAAACAUCAGCAGGAGCUGCUCCUGCUCCGAGGAGACAACUCGCGUCGUUUGUGCCGUCUUGCGGCUGGGAUGGGGUAUGGGGUGCGGGUGGCAGGACGAUGGAAGAAAUCUUGAAACCAAGGCCGAGGCUAGACAAC